AUGGUUCUCACCCACACCCAGAACCACACCUAUGCUCACCCCUUCCCUACCGUCACCCUCGCCUACUUCCUCCGUUACUGCUCUCCGCAGGUCAACCCUUUCGCUGCCCACGUUCUCAGCACCACCAUCUCCAGCCACGUCGACCCGGCCACAGGCCAGCUGCACACCACCCGCAUCCACCUGAAGAAGUCACGUAUCCCCUCCGCCAUCGUCAAGCUUCUUCCCGCUUCCAUCACUGGUGGCGGUGGUGACAAGAAAUCAUAUAUCCUUGAGACCAGUGUCGUUGACAUCAAAAAUGGAUGGAUGAAGACGGAGAGCCGCAACCUGGACUUCGUGGGCGUGCUGUCCGUCGUGGAGAAGCAGGAUUUUACGGCGCCUACCUUGCCCGCGGCCAACACCACAAGCACUGAUGUCGCCACAACCACCAUAUUCCGGUCAAGGGUCGGCGAGCGCAUCCGGGAACGCAUUGGACAAAAGUCCGAGGAGGCCAAUGCUCAAGGCGGCUGGCUGGCUAAGACCAUCAUCCAACGCAGCAUCGAGAACAUUGCGAGCCGGAAGACCCAGGAUCAACUAGGCAGGAGCCGCGAGGGCAUGCGGGCUGUCUUGGAGCGCUUGCGCAACAACGGUGUCAAAGGCAUCAUGGACCUGACGCGCAGGACCAGGGAAGAAGGCCUGUGA